ACGUAUACGACAUACGCACCGCCCAUUCACGCGGCUUUCGUUCUGAAAAAUGUUUCUUUUUCGUUGACUUAUUUUGAUGUCCUAACAUUUCUGUUUAAAUUUUUAUAUUAUAGUUGUUUGCUGAACAGAUCCACUAACCAUAAUACAAUGUCGGGUGGACUGGACGUACUUGGAUUGAAAGAAGAUGACGUUACCAAGAUGUUGGCUGCCACUACCCAUUUGGGUGCUGACAACGUCAACUUCCAAAUGGAACAAUAUGUUUAUAAGAGGAAUAGUCGAGGCUUCAACAUUUUCAACUUGAACAAAACAUGGGAAAAAUUGUUGUUGGCUGCUAGAGCUAUUGUAGCAGUUGAACACCCAUCGGAAAUCUUCGUUAUCUCGUCUAGGCCAUAUGGACAAAGAGCAGUUUUAAAGUUCGCAGCUUACACUGGUGCUACUCCAAUUGCUGGUCGUUUCACUCCAGGAGCCUUCACUAACCAAAUUCAAGCCGCUUUCCGUGAACCUAGACUUUUGGUUGUUACUGACCCAGCUACUGAUCAUCAACCAAUUACUGAAGCUUCUUACGUUAACAUCCCUGUAAUAGCUUUAUGCAAUGCUGAUACACCAUUAAGAUACGUCGAUAUUGCUAUUCCGUGUAACAAUAAAUCUCCUCAUUCUAUUGGACUUAUGUGGUGGUUCUUGGCUCGUGAAGUUCUUCGUCUUAGGGGUACUAUUCCACGUGACGGUAAAUGGGAUGUUGUUGUUGAUUUGUUCUUCUACAGAGAUCCUGAAGAAGUGGAGAAAGAAGAAGCUGCGGCCAAAGAAGCUUUGCCUGCUGCUUCUACAGUUAAGCCAAUUGUUGGAGUUGAAGAUUAUGCUUUGUCCAGUGCUGCUGAUUGGAAUGAAGGUGCUGUAGCAGCAACUGCUCCACAAAAUUGGGCUGAAGAAGGAAGUACCGUACAAUUAGUUGCAGCUCCUGCAGCACCAGCUGCGACGUUAGAUUGGACGGCGGAAGAAUGGAAUACACCAGCCGCUGGUGCAGCCGCCAACUCUAACUGGGGAGGUGGAUCAGCACCAAAUUGGUCAAACAUGUAAUCAAUUUUUUCUUGAAGAAGAUUUAAUAAAAGCUUCUUUAUGAAAACUGGAUUGUUAUUUGUCAUUUUAUACAAAUUAAAAUUGUAUUGACCCUUAAUUAUAUUAA